UUUGUGUGUCAAUUGAUAAAUGUGUCUGACAGAGGUGGUGAAUGUGAAUAGUCUCUAAAAAGGAGUUUAGAAAGAUCAAAUAUAAAUUUCAUUAAAACGUUAAAUAUUAUUGUGAGUUGUGUCGAUUACGCGUAUUACGUUUUAUUUACUAUAUCAGCUAAUUGCUUGGAUUACAUCAAAUUGUCAUAUUUCUGCCUCGAAUAUACACCUAAUUGUAUUGGUUGUAUACUGUAGUGUGCUUUUCGUAUGCAAUUUUUUACGUAAAACAUUUAAAUUUAAAACGCGGUUCUAUAGUUGGUGAUAUGAUGUGGUGAUAGCUUAUGAUAGUUAUCUCAUUUAAUCUCUUCAUCUGAAGAUAAAAUAUAUUAGAGAUGUCAAAGAGAAGAAUUGAUAUUGUUGAUCCUUUUAUAAAAAAAAAGCGGGAGGAACGUGGUGUACCUACUACCAUAGUUACAACUCCUGUACUGAACUCUUCAAUAAACACGCUUACUGGUUUGCCAUAUACUCAACGUUAUCAUGAACUUUACAGAAAACGUAUCAAUUUACCUGUUUUUGAAUACAAGGCAGAUUUUAUGCGUUUGCUACAUGAACACCAGUGUAUUGUACUAGUUGGAGAAACAGGUUCUGGGAAAACAACACAAAUUCCUCAAUGGUGUGUUGAAUAUGCUAGAUCUGUUGGAAAGAAAGGCGUUUGCUGCACGCAGCCUAGAAGAGUAGCUGCAAUGUCUGUAGCACAAAGGGUUUCAGAAGAAAUGGAUGUUGCAUUAGGUCAAGAAGUUGGUUACAGUAUACGUUUUGAAGACUGUUCAUCAGCAAAAACAAUUCUGAAGUAUAUGACUGAUGGUAUGUUAUUGCGAGAAGGAAUGAGUGAUCCCAUGCUAGAUGCAUAUCAGUGUAUAUUACUGGAUGAAGCUCACGAGAGAACAUUAGCUACUGAUAUUCUUAUGGGCGUUCUUAAGGAGGUUAUCAAGCAACGUUCUGAUUUGAAAUUGGUAAUUAUGUCUGCUACAUUGGAUGCUGGUAAAUUUCAGCAGUAUUUUGAUAAUGCUCCAUUGAUGAAUGUACCGGGUCGUACACAUCCUGUUGAAAUAUUUUAUACACCAGAACCUGAAAGGGACUAUCUAGAGGCUGCUAUAAGAACUGUUAUACAAAUACACAUGUGUGAAGACAUUGCUGGAGACAUUUUGCUAUUUUUGACAGGACAAGAAGAAAUUGAGGUAGCCUGUAAAAGGAUUAAAAGAGAAAUCGAUAAUUUAGGACCUGAAGUGGGUGAAUUAAAGUGCAUCCCACUAUAUUCAACCCUACCACCUAACCUACAGCAGCGCAUCUUUGAAGAACCUCCUCCAAACAAAGCAAAUGGUGCAAUUGGACGAAAAGUUGUUGUUUCAACAAAUAUUGCUGAAACAUCCCUUACAAUUGAUGGAGUGGUAUUCGUAAUUGACCCUGGAUUCGCUAAACAGAAGGUGUAUAACCCUCGAAUACGCGUUGAAUCAUUACUUGUAUCUCCAAUCAGCAAAGCCUCUGCCCAACAGCGAGCUGGAAGAGCUGGAAGGACGAGACCUGGUAAAUGCUUUAGGUUGUACACUGAAAAGGCCUAUAAAAACGAAAUGCAAGAUAACACUUAUCCUGAAAUAUUAAGGUCAAACUUGGGUUCAGUUGUUCUUCAGUUAAAAAAGUUGGGUAUCGAUGAUUUGGUUCACUUUGAUUUUAUGGAUCCACCUGCUCCAGAAACCCUAAUGCGAGCAUUGGAACUGCUUAAUUAUCUUGCUGCCCUUGACGAUGACGGAAAUUUAACUGACUUAGGAGCUGUAAUGGCCGAAUUUCCGCUCGAUCCGCAAUUGGCCAAGAUGCUUAUUGCCAGCUGCAACCAUAAUUGCUCUAAUGAAAUUUUGUCAAUAACAGCAAUGUUGUCAGUCCCGCAGUGUUUUGUCCGACCGAACGAGGCAAAAAAAGCAGCCGACGAUGCCAAGAUGCGAUUCGCACACAUCGAUGGUGACCAUCUUACCCUUCUCAAUGUUUAUCAUGCAUUCAAACAGAAUAUGGAAGAUCCACAAUGGUGUUACGAUAACUUCAUCAACUAUCGCUCACUUAAGUCAGCAGAUAAUGUCAGGCAACAGUUGUCGCGCAUAAUGGAUAGAUUUAAUUUGAAGAGAACAUCCACUGACUUCAGCAGCAAAGAUUAUUACAUUAACAUAAGAAAAGCUUUAGUUAAUGGAUUUUUCAUGCAGGUGGCUCAUCUAGAAAGAACAGGCCAUUACUUGACGAUUAAAGAUAAUCAAAUGGUUCAGUUGCAUCCUUCUACUUGUCUCGAUCAUAAGCCAGAGUGGGUCAUUUAUAACGAAUUUGUUUUAACAACAAAAAAUUACAUUAGAACUGUUACUGAUAUUAAAGCCGAAUGGCUAUUGAAAAUAGCUCCACAGUAUUAUGAUCUACAAAAUUUUCCUCAGUGUGAGGCAAAACGACAACUUGAAGUUAUUCAAAAUCGUUUGGAAUCUAGGCAGUACCAACAAGGUUUUUAAUAUUUAUGAUAGUAUGUAUAUCAAAAACCAUGGUCUUCAUUUGAUGGCAUUUCUACUUUAUAAGAUGUAUCUAUAAUUUUGUACUUUAAAAUAGUUUCAAAUUGUUGCACUGAUACUUUCACUUGGAUUACCGUCUAUUCUGUUUAAGGAAAUGCAUUCAAAAGUAUUUUUGUCUAUGCCGAAUCUGAUGCAUUAAAGAUGUAAAUUAGUAAUAUAAUUUAAGAUUACAUCAUAUCAUAUUUUGAUAGUGUUUCAAUCACACCUAGGUUUUCUUGAAAUCUUAAUCGUAAGCUAUUAUCCCAGAAGAGGUAAUAUUAAAUAAAAAAGUGAAUGUAGCAA